CAAAUCCGAAGUUGCUGAGCAAUUUCCCUUCCACGAGCUUCUUCUGCGGCUCAGAAGAAAAGAGAGAAAGAGAACGAAAAGCGAAACUCCACCGGGAGAGAGAGAGAGAGAGAAAGAAGAAGAACGAGAACGACGUGUCGUCACCAGAUCCAGCGAACGACGUCGGAGAACGAAGGAAGGGACCGAGGGUAGCGAUGUCGUCUACGUUCAGCGGCGAUGAGACCGCGCCGUUCUUCGGCUUCCUCGGCGCGGCGGCCGCGCUCGUUUUCUCCUGCAUGGGAGCUGCAUAUGGGACAGCCAAGAGCGGGGUGGGCGUAGCAUCUAUGGGUGUGAUGAGACCUGAGCUGGUUAUGAAGUCCAUAGUGCCAGUGGUUAUGGCAGGAGUGCUGGGUAUUUAUGGGCUGAUUAUCGCUGUCAUCAUUAGUACUGGGAUUAAUCCCAAGGCGAAAUCUUACUACCUCUUUGAUGGGUAUGCACAUCUUUCAUCUGGCCUGGCUUGUGGUCUUGCUGGGCUGUCAGCUGGGAUGGCAAUUGGAAUUGUCGGAGAUGCGGGUGUCAGAGCUAACGCGCAGCAGCCAAAGCUUUUUGUCGGGAUGAUCCUUAUCCUCAUUUUCGCUGAAGCACUGGCUCUCUACGGCCUUAUUGUUGGCAUCAUCUUGUCUUCUAGGGCAGGCCAGUCCAGAGCAGACUGAAGACGACCGAGUGAUGCAUUACUGAACAGAUCAAUUUGUUCUUCAGGCUCUAUGCAGAAUAAUUAUGUAGUCUCAAUUUAUAGCAUUAGUUGGACAGCCCUCGCAAGAAUCUGAUCUUCUUGUUGUCUUUCCGAGAUGAGAAAAGAGCGUCUCUGCAUGAGAAAGGCUUGUGAAGUUCUUCUUUAAUUUGUGUAUUAUCCAUUGUAAACCUUGAUUCUGUGACUGAUAUUCUUGAGAUUUCAUCGUGCAUCUCAUCUGGAUUGCAUAUAUGUUCCAUGGCUUGCAAUGCAAGUCUCUUGAAGAA